AUGCACGCACACCUGCAGCAGCAGCAACAGCAGCAACAGCAGCAGCAGCAGCAGCAGCAGCAAGUUGUGGUGGUAUCAACACCCUAUUAUCUCUUAGUGAUCGGGGCUGCGGCAGGAGAGCAGCAGCAGCACCCUGAGCAGCAGCAGCAGCAGCAGCAGCAGCAGCAGCAAGGCUUGAUGCAGCAGCAGCAGCAGCAGCAGCAGCAGCAGCAACAGCAAAUACCAGCAGCAGAGGCAGCUGCUGAAGCAAGACCGGCAGCAGCAGCAACAGCAGCAGCAGUACGCGGCGCUCACAUCACCCAGGAGCAGCAGCACGAAGUGUUGCGGCAGGAGAAGCAGCAGGAGCAGCAAGAGGAGGACCAGCAGCAGCAGCAGGAACUGCAGCAGCAGCAGCUGCUGCAGCAGCAGAAGAAAAGCUAUCGUGCGCAGCAGCAGCAGCAGCAGCAGCGGGCUCAAGGGCUGCCUGCUGGUGAGGAGGAGGAAGCGUCGAAGCAGCUGCAGCAGCAGCCGCAGCAGCAGCAGCAGCAUCAGCAGCAGCAACCAGCAGCAGCGGGGAGACAGCAGCACCCGCAGCAGCAACUGCAGCACAUGCGACGGCAGCGACUUCUCUCCUUUUUCUGA